CGACGAUUGAUUUGAAGCUUCUAACAAAGUUUAGGUAUCCAAGCUUGUGCAAUUGACGUGACGAAGCUUCGACAACUCAAAGGAAAAUCUUCACACCCUGUGCAUCCCAUGGAAACAUCGACAGGAAACAGAAGAUAUCAUCAACAAUGCUGUUCUCAGAGGAGGACUCGCCUCACCUGAAAAGAUGGAUCGUCAAGCGACUUGAGAAUAUAUCUGACGCCGAUGCCGACGUGCUUGCCGAUUACGUAUUGGCUCUCUUGCGGCACGAUGGCGACGUUAACGACGUGCGCAAACUUUGCGAGGCUGAAAUACCCGACUUCCUCAAAGAAGACUCGUCCGUCUUUGUAAACGAUGUGUUUGAGGCGCUCGCAUACCGAUCAUAUCUUCCUGGCGCCCCUCCCCCGCCUCCUAAACAUGCGCCCCUUCCCGCCUCUGCCGGCGCUCAGCAACCCCCGGGCCUGCCCUACGACUUUACUCCGAGCAACCUAGUUCCGGCCUACCAACCGCCUUUCCGAAACGGGAGGAAGCGGGCAUAUGUCGACUGGGACGACCCGAACGCCCAGGGUGGCAGGGAUGCUGGCUACGGUGGGAUGGGGUUCAAGCAGCCUCGGCGAGGGGGAUUUGGUGGCCCAGGGCCCAGACAGGACGGCCUGAAUUCCUUUGGAGGGGGUGCGCCAACCGUUUCACCGUACCCUCCGCCUGGUCAAUUACCUUCGCAAAGCGCGCCCGUCCCCUCAACGGUCGGAUACUUUGACCCGAAGGGCGCCAUGGACGCCUUGUAUGGAAUGAGUGUUGCGGCCGGCCACCCCAUGCCCGAGCUCUUGUCGCACGACCGAGAGCAGCCUCCGGCAAGGAGAAGGAAGAAGUGUCGUGACUGGGAGAAGAAGGGCUACUGUCAGCGAGGGAGCAAUUGCAUGUUCGAGCACAGUGCUGACACGUUCUAUUCCCCUCUCUUUGCUGGCCCCCCGUUUGGCGGUGUGCAGCCCGUGCCGCAGCCCUCAGCAGUUGAAGAAUAUGACCCGACUAAUGCUCUCAUGCCCGAUCUUCUGAACAGACCGGGCCCGCUCCAGGGGCAGCAGCUUUUCCCUGAGUCCGGCCAGCAUCCGAGACAAAAAGGCGGCAGACACCAUAGCCGUCAAAAACGAACUGAGAGAGCGCCUUUCUCCGCGGAGGGCCCUGUCUAUGACAGGACGAAAUCAACAAUUGUUGUGGAAAACAUCCCCGAAGAAAACUUCAGCGAAGGUCAGGUUAGGGACUUCUUUUCGCAGUUUGGCAUGAUUCUGGAGGUUUCGAUGCAACCAUAUAAGAGAUUGGCCAUCGUGAAAUUCGACAGCUGGGAUUCCGCCAAUGCGGCCUACCAGUCGCCGAAAGUCAUCUUUGACAACCGCUUCGUCAAAGUCUACUGGCACAAGGGCGACGAUCCUACACAAACCACCAGCGGCAGUGCAUCCGGCAAAAAGAGGGCGCAAUCUGCUAAUGGCUCCUCCGCUAGCCCCGGAGCUGAGAUCGAUUUGGAAGAGUUUGCGAAGCAGCAAGAAGAAAAGCAAAAGGCGUUCGAGGAGAAGACAAAAAAGAGACAGGAACUAGAGCGGCAGCGCCAGGAGCUCGAGCAGAAGCAGAAAGAACUCAUGGCUAAGCAGCUGGAGGAGAAGGCGAAACUAGCAGCCAGACUUGCCCGGUGCAAUGGAACCAAAACCGACAACGCGAAGGACGAAUCGGAAUCGUCCAAGCCCAUGACGCAGACGGAAGCGCUUCGUGCCCAGCUUGCAGCCCUCGAGGCAGAGGCAAGAGAGAUGGGGAUCGAUCCGGAUGCCAUAGACGCCCCGUCGUCGUGGUCUCCUGCGUACGGACGGGGAAGAGGCGGAUGGCGGGGGCCAUCGCGCUACAUGGCGCGCGGGUCGUACCGGGGAGGAUAUCGCGGGCGCGCUAAUGUCCAUGCCGCCUAUGCGGCAUACUCGCUUGAUAACCGGCCCAAGAAGGUGGUCCUGACGGGUGUGGACUUCACCGUGUCUGAAAAGGACGAGACAUUGCGCCAAUACCUUUUCGGUAUUGGCGAAUUCACUGAUAUUCAGACGGCCCCCACCUCAACAGAAAUCACCUUCAAAGACCGCAAAACCGCCGAGAAAUUCUUCAACUCGAUCCUGCUGCACAACAAAGAGAUUCCCGGAAUCGAGGGCUCCCCGGUUGAGCUCGCCUGGGCCGGAGCCAACGGCUCGCAAGAGCUCUGCCGGCACGGCCCCAGGAUCACGACCGCCGCCGGCGGCACUGGCGGCACUGGCGCCAAGGACGAGGAAGUUACCGCGACCACGGACGACGCAACGGGUAGUAGCAGCGAUAAGGACGUGCACAUCCAGCUUGAGCGGCGACCGCAGGAUCAAAACGAGAUGGACUAUGAGGUUGCGGACGAAGGUUCGUGGGGCUACUAG